AUGAAUACUCUAUCAGCGAGGGCUCCCUUGCGGGCUACAGCAAGGCUGCAAUACCUGCCUCUUGCUGUACGAACCUACUCAGGCGUUGCAGCUACAACCUUCAAUCCCACAUGCGGGGCCAGCAAGCGUACAUCACCACUCAGCCUCACAUCCAAACGCCCUAUCUCGUCAACACCCCAGAAACAGAUUGAGGACUUUUUCCCAGCACCAAAGACUCCAAAUGUCAAGGAGGUAAAAACAGCUUGGGUGCAUCCAGUAUACACCGAGCAGCAAAUGCGAGAUAUUCGCAUUGCCCACAGACAAGCCGCAAACUGGUCCGAUUGGAUUGCCCUGGGAACUGUACGUUUCUUCCGAUGGGGUAUGGACACAGUGACAGGAUACAAACAUCCUAAGCCCGGCCAGGAACUACCGGCUAGGUUCAUAAUGACCGAGCGCAAGUGGCUCAAUCGGUUUAUCUUCUUGGAAAGUGUGGCCGGUGUCCCCGGGAUGGUGGGCGGCAUGCUGCGACAUCUCCGCAGUCUUCGCAAGAUGAAGCGAGACAAUGGAUGGAUUGAAACUCUGCUCGAAGAAGCAUACAACGAACGCAUGCAUCUCCUUACCUUCAUGAAAUUGGCUGAACCGGGCUGGUUCAUGCGCUUGAUGGUUCUCGGCGCUCAGGGUGUCUUCUUCAACGGCUUCUUUCUGGCCUAUCUGGCCUCUCCACGCAUCUGUCACAGGUUUGUGGGAUACCUUGAGGAGGAGGCAGUCAUCACAUACACUCGCGCUAUUGCGGAACUCGAGAAGGGCAAGCUCCCGGAGUGGAAUGAUCUUUAUGCACCCGAGAUUGCGAUCAAAUAUUGGCGGAUGCCAGAGGAUAAGCGCAAGAUGAGGGACCUGCUGUUGUAUGUCCGCGCGGACGAAGCCAAGCACCGCGAGGUUAAUCACACUCUCGCCAACCUCAAGCAGAAUGUGGAUCCCAACCCCUACCAGAUUGAGUACACCGAUCCGACCAUAAAGCAUCCGACGAAGAGUAUUGAUAACUUGAGACCAGAGGGCUGGGAUCGCAAGGAAAUCUAUUCUAUUGAAGCGACACAGGCCAAGUCUUGA